AAAGUGCAGUUACCACUGUGGGUUUGUUACUGACAAUUUUCUGCAAUUUUUUUCUAGGAAACUUGGCUCCAGACCUACCUAAAAUGACUUCCUCCGCAAGCCACCCAGAUCUUUUAAGCGGAUGGGAUUCUUGGGCAGAUUCCCCAGCUACAGCCAACCUAGCAUCACAACAGCCGAAGAAGCCUGCACUUGAAGGCCAAGCUCUUACUACAGGAAGCCAGACAAGUGUGCCUUCAGGUUUGUCUUUCAGCCAACCAAAAUCUCAGAACUUCGACCCCUUUGCUGACCUUGCUAACCUUAAAUCUGGUCUUCCAGGUCCUUCCAGUGGUGGAUUCCCAGCUGGUGGGUUUGGUCAGAAGUCAGCUCCAUCCCAGAAAGGAGGGAAUCAGUGGCAGACAAAGAAACCACAAAAUACAGGUACUACGUGGCAGUCCCACACUCAACCACAGCAAGCUAAAUCCAGCACACAGAGUAAACCCAACUAUACCGGGAACUUCAGUGUUAUUGGAGGUCGAGAAGAGAGAGGUAUCCGAGCUCCAGGCUUUGGACAGAAGCCAAAAGUUUCAGAAAAUGAUUUUGAGGAUCUAUUAUCUAAUCAAGGAUUUUCAGCUAAAUCUGACAAAAAAGGAACCAAGACAAUUGCCGAGAUGAGAAAGCAAGAAAUGUCUAAAGACAUGGACCCCUUAAAAUUAAAGAUUCUAGAUUGGAUUGAAGGAAAAGAGAGAAAUAUAAGAGCAUUAAUAUCCACUCUUCACACUGUGCUCUGGGAAGGGGAGAACAAGUGGAAGCCAGUUGGCAUGGCAGACCUAGUUACCCCUGAACAAGUAAAGAAGUAUUAUAGGAAGGCAGUACUUGUGGUUCAUCCAGAUAAGGCCACAGGACAGCCUUAUGAACAGUAUGCCAAAAUGAUCUUCAUGGAGUUGAGUGAUGCGUGGUCAGAGUUUGAAAACCAGGGAUCAAAAUCCCUUUUCUAAAACUUCAUCUGUACGGGAUUUUCAAAAUGUAUGUGCAGCAAAAUGGAGUGGAGUAUUGUUAGUCUGUAUUUCUUAUCUCUAGGAUUUAGGGAAGAUUUUUGCAUGAUUUCAGCACCGUUUGAAAUCAUACACUCAGAAGUGGGUGAUGCAUUUUGUAAGAUGCAGAAUCCAAAACAUACACAGAUGCACUCAGAAAACAGCUGCUCAAUGCUUCAGAAUCUUAGCCCGAGAACAGAUCUUUCCAUUCCGGUUUAAAUAUGGUGAAAUAGAAGUAACUUUAAUGAUGUCCACUGAUUUUUGGUGUAAUGGUAUCAAAAGCGUAAGCCAUUCCAAAUCCACUGUUUUUUUUAUUUUUCUUUAAAAGAAACACACAACCUCAAUUUGUACUUUAUAUUUUCAAUAGUUAUAUGAUUUGAUUUUGAUGUUUGGUGCCGUCGCCUUAUUCUAAGUGCUUUAGUUAUAUUAUCAGCAGUGAAUUUGCUCAGCAUAUCUUUUUGUUGAAUCUAUAAGAGGUGUACAUUUUCAUCUGUAUUUUGUGUAAUCAUUCAGAUAAUCAUUCUGUAAAUAAUUAAAAUAUUUUCUGACAAUA